CUGUCGGGGGUGGGGGGGGGAGGAGUAGUUCCGGCGGCUGUGGUGAGGCGGACAAGAUGGCGGCGGCGGCUGAGGCGGGGGCCGGGUCGGCGUCCUCGUUCCUGUCCCUGGAGCCGCGGGCGCGGCGCCGCGUCCCCCAGAAGGCGCGGCGGGACCGCAAGCGGCGGGCGGAGGAGGAGCCGCUGCAGCCGGGCGUGGUGUACGUGGGGCACCUGCCGCGAGGGAUCUGCGAGCCGCAGCUCCGCGAGUACUUCGGGCAGUUCGGCACCGUCACGCGGCUCCGCCUCUCCCGCAGCAAGAAGACAGGAGGCAGUAAAGGCUAUGGAUUUAUAGAGUUUGAAUCUGACGAUGUGGCUAAGAUUGUUGCGGACACAAUGAACAACUACCUGUUUUCAGAAAGACUGCUGAAGUGUCAGUUUAUGCCUCCUGAGAAGGUCCACGAGGAUCUCUUCAAAAACAGCGAGAGGAUGUUUCGGAAGCCUUCUCAGCCAGCAGUCAGGCGGUACAACAAGAUCCGUUCCCUCGCCGAGAAGGCCAAGAUGGCGAAGCGACUGCUGCAGAAGGAGAACCGCCUGCGGAAGCGGCUGGCUGAGAGGGGGAUCAAAUACAGCUUCCCGGGAUUUGCUGCGCAGGGGCCUCUCGUGAAGAAAAGGAAAGUGAAGAAGUCCAAGUCAAAACUGAGCGUUUCCUUGAGCAGCCAGGAUCCUACUCCAGUCUGUACUCCUACAGCGCUUGAGCGCCGGAAAGCUCACCAAGCGGAUGACGACGCAGAGGACAAUGAAAUAACUGUCAAGCUGCCCCCUGCAAGCGUUAAAAAACCUGUGCAGAGACCAAAGAAACGGCAAAGAAAAGCCGAACCUGAAGAAAGAGAAAUAGACGUAAAAUUCUGGUGGCUGUAGCAAAGCUCUCCUUCCUCAACUCAAACACGGGCGAGGUGGAACUUGUGCCCUGGCUCAGUUUGUCUCACUAGGCUAUUUCGGCCUCUCACGGGCAGGGAACGCGUUCACAAACGGUUCCCCUCCUGUUUAGCCACCGGGGAGCUACAGUCUUCUCUGCCUCCGAAGCUUUUCUUGAUUUUUGCACUCGUGAGUGCUAGCGCUCCGACAUGCCUACGGUUGUGCCAGAACCUUCGGCUCGUUCUGGGCUGUGUCUCCAGCACCCCCUGUUUUGAACGAACAUGUGAGGCUGUCCGUUCUCAUCCUGCUGAUGGGGUCUGCAUUUUAUACUUACUGAUGACGGCUUAUAAAAUACAGUUUUUAACCAUU